AUGGACCUCUUGGCUGCGGUAUUUCGUGGACGAGUUCGCCUUUUUGACGAAGAAGUCUUAAAUCAGCAAAAUUCGACUGAUGCCUUCACAGAACUGAUGGAAAUCCUUAGAAGUACCAUGCAAAAACUAGGAGUGGACGUACUGGCAUCCAACUAUCGCUGGAGUUGGCAAACAAGCGUCACUUGGGCCUGCAUAACCUCCUUUUUCAUAUUCCAAGCGUAUACGCUCUACGCGUAUUGGGGUGAUUGGUAUCUGUUGAUGGAAAUGUUUUCCGUCACCGGAAUCGGAGUGCAAGGUUUAAUGAAAAUGCAAACAGCCGUACGCCAUUACUCGUAUUACAGAAAUGUUAGUGAGAAAAUGCUGUUGUUGCAUCAAGUUAAUAAUACAAAUAGGAAAAACAAUCGAUCAUUGGUGUUUUGUGUCAUUCUGAUUGAAUAUGCGUACAAAAUAGUCGGACUUUCGUACGUCACUGCUGGAAUAGGUUUUUUCAUCUCUCCUAUAUUCCGAUAUUUAUUGUACAGCGAAAGGACGCUGGCCCUUCAAAUUGUGGUCCCAGGAAUCGAUCACGCAACUGAGCUGGGAUUUUGGCUGAUGAUCGUCUAUCACAUGGUUCUGGUGUUUGUUGCGUGUAGUGGAAUUUUGACAUCCGACAUGGGAAUGAUGCUUAUAAUUUUGCACGUCGUAGGAAUGGCCGAUGUAUUCCGCAAUAGUUUAGCAGAAUUGGAUGAAAUGCUGGAAGAAGUUGAAAGUGACAAACGAAAAGUGUAUAACAAACUCGUCAGAAUUUGUUGCAUGCAUAAAGACAUUAUUGGAUACGAGGAAGAUGUUGAUAAAUUUUUUGGAGCCAUAAUUUUCACUCAAGUGAUAACGUCGGUUUUUUGUUUAUCGAUAUCACUUUUUCUGAUAUUUAUGACCGGUAAUAUUCAGAGUGUGCUAUUCCUGAUGGGCGCACUGUGUCAGUUGCUUCAGUUUUGCAUACUUGGAACCAUUCUUACGAUAAAGAACGAAGAAAUCAUAUUGGCCCUGUACAACUUUCUUUGGUACAAGCUUUCGGUUGAAAAUCAGCGGACUUUGUGCAUCAUGUUACACCGGUCUCAAAAUGCUGUGGAACUAACCAUCGGUGGACUGGCCUUGUUGAACAUGAAAACUUUUGUAGAGAUUAUCAAAAAAAUCUACACCUACGCUGCAAUGAUGCUACAGUUCGUUGGAUAA